AUGGCCGAGAGCUCCCUCUACCGGCAGCGGCUAGAGGUCAUCGCAGAGAAGCGGCGGCUGCAGGAGGAGAUCCGCGCGGCGCGCCUGGAGCUGGAGGAGGAGAAACUCCGCGUGGAGCGGCUCAAGAGGAAGUCUCUUCGGGAACGCUGGCUGAUGGAUGGGGCAGCGGAGGGAUCGGACUGGCCCAAGGACCCUGCUUCGCAGGACUCCCAGUCGCCCGAGGGACAGGCCCAGGUCCGCAUCCGGAACCUUGAGGACAGCUUGUUCACACUCCAAUCCCAGCUGCAGCUGCUGCAAAGUGCGUCCACAGGUGCCCAGCACAAGCCCUUGGGCAGGCCCACCUGGCGCAGACAGGGUCCCCGUCCUCUCUCACAGCCCUUCGUGGAGGGUGACGCUGCAGACCUGGCAGAUCUAGACAAGAGAGCGUCGCUGCCAGCCGGGCCAGCAAGCAUGUCGCCGGAGGAGUUCCCAUCUGAGCCCAGGAAAGAGGCUGUGGGGGGUUUACCAGCCUCAGGGGAGGCUCCAGGGGUGCCGGGCGCCUCCUCCGAAGCCAACGGACCCUGCCCAGCGCCCAGCCCUCCUCCCGCUCCGGAGCCCAGGAAGGAGGAAGCCGUGGGCGAGGCCAGAGGAGGGGGCGUGGUAAAGGUGGUGUGGGAGGGGCUGAGGGCCUCGGAGGACUGUACCCCGGGGCCCACAGGCCCCGAGCUGGAGGCCAAGGUGGAGGAGAUGGUGCUGGAGGCCAUUGGGGUCAGACAGGUGGCCGGCAGCCCGGAGCUCCCAUCCUGGGUGAAGGAAGACAGGGACGUCGAGGAGGUGGUCUGGGAAGGGGUGGGGGGCACUGACUCCGAGCGCCCCGGGGAGGGAGGCAGAGGUGAGGACGCGGCACAACCGAGGCUCCCGGAGCAGCUGCAGGGAGAGUCGUCCAGAGGAGGGGAAGGUGUGGACGGGAGCAGCCCUGAGGGCAGCGGGCAGCGGGGCUCUGGGGUGGAGGGGUCUUUCAUUUGGGUGGAGAGGGUGACCCUUAGUGAGGAGUGGGAGGAGCUGCUGAUGGAGGGGGCAGGGCCGGUGGUGAGGGGGGGCGAGGCUGCGGGAGGGGAGGAGACCUGGGAGGCGGAGAGGAAGCGAGCAGAAGAAUAUGAGGGGAAAGGAGGUGAGGAAAAGUGGGGGACAGAGAGGGGUGGAGCUGAGGAGCCCCCUGGGGUAGAGACGCAGGGAGGUGAGGAGCAGCCAGGGCCAGAGACGGGAGGAGUUGAGGCAUCAGUGAAGACACAGGAGAAUGGAGGUGAGGACCAGCCAGAGAGGAGAGCUGAGGAGCUCCUGGGAGGUGAGAGAGGAGGUGAGAAGCCAGAGGCAGAGAAGAAAGUGGAGGAACCAUUGGGCAUAGAGAGAAGAGAGGGUGCAGAGUCACUGAGGGCAGAAAGGGAAAAUGGUGAGGAAAAGCGAGGGAGCAAGAAGCAAGAAGCUGAGGACGAAGAGAAGAGAGGUGAGGGACAGCCAGGGGCUGAGAAGGGAGCAGACGAACCGCUGGAGGCGGAGAGGAUGGGAAGUGAGGAACCGUUAGAGGCAAAAAAGGCAGGGGAGGAACUGUUAGAAGCAGAGGAGGCAGGGGAGGAACCCUUAGAGGCGGAAAAGGCAGAGGGGGCACCCUUAGAGGUGGAGAAGGCAGAGGGGGCACCCUUAGAGGUGGAGAAGGCAGAGGGGGCACCCUUAGAGGCAGAAAAGGCAGAGGAGGAAUCCCUAGAGGCAGAGGGGGCACCCUUAGAGGUGGAGAAGGCAGAGGGGGCACCCUUAGAGGUGGAGAAGGCAGAGGGGGCACCCUUAGAGGUGGAGAAGGCAGGGGAGGAACCCUUAGAGGUGGAGAAGAAGGAAGUCAAGGAAGAGCUGAGUCCAGAAGAGCAGAGGGAAUUGGGGGAGAAAAAGGAACCCCAGAAAGAGGAGGUGAGUGAGCCAGGGGCUCCCCUGGGGGCCCAGGAAGAGCCAAGCCCAGAAAAGGAAGAACUGCAGCCCCAAGAAAAGCAGGACCACUCCCUGGAGGAGGCAGUCAAGCCUCCGUCCCCUCCUGAGGGCCAGGGCCCCUCAGCGGAUGCCACUCCCCUCCUGGCCGAGAUCUCUGCCUCAGAGCAACCCACCGCUUCAGAGCAGCCCUCCGAGUGCCAGCCACUGCUUCCAGGGGAGGGGCCCAGCGCCAAGCCCAGUGCCCACCCUGUGCCCACCUAUGCCCCUGCCCGGCAGCCUGAGCCACCUGCCCCCACUGAGGGCGAAGAGGCGAGCGGCCCUAAACAAAAGACGUGCCAGUGUUGUGCGGUUAUGUGA